AUGGCUUUGUUCUCUCGUAUCCUUGCUGCGGCCGUGCUUCUUAUGUUGGGUAAGUGGAACACGUUUCUAUACAAUCUAACGAUGAUAAGUGAAUGAAGAUGGUGAAUUUUGAGCUCGAUAAUUAACUAUGAAAUAUGAAAUAUUCAACAUUACACGAGCUUGGGACAAAGAAAAAUCGACAGGAAUCGAACCCAUGACCUCCCGAACACCGGGCGGGCGCUCUAUCGGCUGAGCUACGAGAACUCAUGGAGAGCAAGGCAGUGCUGAUCCUAGCAGUAUGCAGGACACCUGUCACAUAUGAACUCAGUAAAAUGACCUUGCUCUCUGUGAGUUCUCGUAGCUCAGCGGAUAGAGUGCCCGCCUGGUGUUCGGGAGGUCAUGGUUUCGAUUCCUGUCGGGGACUCAGAUUUUUCUUUGUCCCACGCUCGUGUCAUGUUGAAUAUUUCAUAUUUCACAAUCUAACGAUGAUUAGUAGAAUUCUACUAGUAUACUAAUGCAAAUGCUGCAAUCUGAUUGGCUUAGCUACUGAUAUACUAUCAGCCAUUAGAGUGCAGGGGCUGCCGGUCGUCCACGAAAUGCGAUGUUUUUAUAGUUUUUCCGAAGUUUUGGAAGGAAUUUUAGAUUUUAACGGUUAAUUAAAUUCCUGAGAAGACUAAAAGAAGCACAUUUACUGUUUCUUGACUUAAAAAUCUUGAAAAUAUUGAAAAUGCCAAGGACAGUUCGAUACGUCAACUUUGUUUAAGCGUAAAGUUCAAUAAUGUGUGGGAAAAUCAUUGGAAACCGUUAUUUGCGUUAAUUUCAAUUAGAAUUCUACGAAAACAAUUAGAUUAUUCGCUAUCGAUUUCUAUGAGGCGAUAGUUGAUUCGGCCUUCGGCCUCAUCAACUAUCACCUCAUAGAAAUCUUGAGCUCAUAAUCUAAUUGUUAAUUAGCAAUUUCAUUUCUCGUCACAAUGUCGGUACAAAAUCAAGCAUAUAAAUCUUUAGAAUACAGGAAUAUACACCGAAUCUCUCCAGGCCAAGUUUUGUAAGUAGAGGACCGGGGUAAUAUGAUCUCCCUUAGAAACAAUGGCUUUAUAUAAUUGUUUGCAUAUGGGGUUCGUAAACGACUUUUUAUUGAAAUAUAAUUAAUUUGAGGAGGAAUGUUCGGUUAUGAAGUCGAAUCAUGGAGCAGGUUUUUAAAAAGAUGAUCUUGCGUGCUGUCAUGGAUGCACUGGAUUUUUUAAUUCCCUGAAAAAAAGUUUGUUUUUCACGAUCGCAUUCAUUUCAUGAAAUGAUUUGCCUUACAUCUUACAUUUAUAUCUUCUCCCACAGUUGUUCAAGCUUACUGUAUGCAAUGUGGCACAGUCGAAUACAAAUGCUGUGGGUAAGUGUAAUUCGUACAUGUCUCGCCUGUACGGGUAAGUGGUAGGAGAAGGGAAAAGCGCGAACAAAGAGAAGGAGUUUCUACUAUAAGAACCAAGCUUUUCAAAUAACGCCCGCCAACUUCCUCAUUAUCUAAUUUCAGCAACUGUUAAAAAUUGCAUAAGCCAUAGGUUUUGAUUUAUUCCUGCAGACACUACUCUUACACCCCUUCCUCUCACGUUUGCUGUUCUGGAAAAGUUGUUCAAAAGCCGUCUCAGUGCUGUGGAAGAGAGUCAUAUAACCCUCGCUAUCAGGCUUGCUGCGGAGGAAAUGUUUAUGACAUAAAUAAGCAGGUAAUUUAACAAAGUGACGUCAGUUUAGCUCAGAUUCCUUAAAGAGAUGGAUCGCAGUUACUUACAAUCAAGCGCAGACUCUCGCGAAGUAAACAUGCGUGUCUGCAGGACCUGAAUUUACCUUGGUUCGGAUCCUAUCAAAGUGGAGUCAUUCAGUAAACUAAGGAAAGUUUCUAUAAUAAGAAUACUUCCUCGUUUUUUUUUUCCACAUGCAAACAACAAAACCAAUUAAAUUGUUACUGAUUCUGUAAAUUCGCUGGUUUAUAGUAACUUCUCCAAUUUUUUAAAGGUUGGUGGGCAUCAGUGCCACUGCUUAAAGUGCACAUGAAAAUUUCACCUCCAUUUUUUUCAAUUUAACCUAAAAUAGGAUCCUUUAGAACUAUUUUAAGGGGGAAAUAGAGUGCCAAAAGUGGUGGCAACAUACUUUUUCAGACGCUUAAAGAUGCCCCAUUUUCCAUAAAAUUGUAGUCAAGGACCUGGGCUCUAGUUAAAGGAUCGUGACGUAAUUCGUGUGUAUGCAGCCAAGCGAGAACGACUCCAAUGCAAGUCAUUUACACUUAAACCUUGCACGAAACCAUGGCUUUAAGCGGCGAAGACUUUACCUAAAGUUCAGCUGAAGACAAUUUAGACUCGAUACAAAGUUCUGAGGAAGAGAUCGGGUCAGAUAUAGGCCAUAUAGCUCCGUACGAAUGUGAACCUUCCGCGAGUUCCGAUGAAAAUGGCGGAGGCCUUGAGGAAGAGGAAGUCGACGAAGACGGAUUGAGUGUUGCUACUUUAGAACAACGAAUUGAUAAAACUGUGCCUGUCAGUGCUUGGUACGUGAAAAUCCUGUUGUGUUUUGUCAUGAAUGAUUCUGAGUGUAGCAGAAAAUUUAUAGCUCAGAGCGACCUGAAACCAUGCACAUGAUUGAACCUUAUUCUUGUAAAAAGAUUAUAUAUGGCAGGCCAUAGUUAAUAGACGGGACCUGGUUAGGAAGCCCGGCAAACAUCAGAAGAGCAAACAAAGAUGCCAAGAUUUAUGUUGGAAGGUCCACAACUCUGCACAAUCUCACGCUCACACUAUGCAUGAGUUACGUAACCAACACGCUUCUAUUGGUUAGUUCCUCUGUACGGGGUAAACAACUAUUGUGUUUUGUGCAGGGUCAAGGCCAAAAAACAGAACAAUAACAUACAACAAAGAACUUUGACGAGUUUCAUAACCAUUCCCUCCAUUAACUAUGGGCAGGCUAACCAUUUACUCUGUGCUAUUGGAAUCUCAAUUUAUUACUCAAACUGGCCUUUUUAAAUUGAAGGUGCACUUGUAAAAUAUGCAGUGAUACAACACUUGUAUCGGCGCGUGAAUUCAGAUGCUGUAGAUCAGAAGUUGGUUGUGCCCGUUCACUCACGUUUGAUGGUAGCAUUGAACGCAUAUCAUGCGUCACUACUGAAGGUCAGAAAUGGUAGAGGUUAUCGACGAAAGGAUGGGAAAACUGUCAUUACUCUGGAGGAAUAAGCUCAAAUCCUUUUCUAUCUUAAACAUGUUAAACUCUUCUAAUUUACUGCAGGUUUCUCAGAGCUACGGCAUACAGGUGGCUUACACGCUGGAUCUUCAGUCAUAAUAUAAGAACUAGAUAUUUCACACAUGCCACAACUGGUUAUGUAACAUCAGAGGAUAGGAACUAGAUGAACCAGCCUUUUGAGGCAGCUUGUAGUGAUCUAGAGAACUUUAUACAUGUAUUAAGUAUGAAAAAUGUGAAAGUCACGUUCAGUACUAAAUACGACUUCAAACAAAAAUUGGACCACAGACCUGUCAUUAUAACAAUUAUCAAACUUGAAAAAUGGGCAUGUGGUGGUAAUCCCUGAUUCUCCCUAAGGCAUGAAAGGUUCAGAAAAAGUAAAAAACCAUACUAUUAUAGUUGAUAAAAAUUCCUUACUUUGCCACUGAGUUGUAUAUUUUGCCCAAAGAAAAAAAAAGAGGAUUUUUUAUCAAGUAUGUCAUUGACCCCUGACUACAGUUACUAGUCUACUACAUACUAGCAUCUUGAGCUGUAUGUUUAGAAACCAGUACUUUGAUGAAAAGUUGACUUUGUUUUGAUAUACAUUUAGCUACUUUACAAAUCACACCCACUGUACAUUUGAAAAGUAGUAAAUAUAGCUAAGUCAUCUCUGUAACACCAGGUCACUAAACACACAGCUCAGUCUGAAGAACAGCCUUCUAUUGUGUUUGACAGAACUGUACAAUGAAGGCAUGACUACACAGUCUUGGCCUAAACUUUUUGAAAUAAUCUUAUAUUCCCAAAAAGUAUACAAAGAAUCAAAUUUAAGUGUUCGCUUUCUAUGCAGGCACAGGGUUCUCCUUCCUCUUUGCAGGGGGUUCAGUUGAUUUUUGGAUGGUAUGGGCUGAUUGCAUUGAGCUUUGUUAUGCCUCUAAGAAAACAAGAACAAAGCAAAAAUGCACAAGCCACAGGAGACUAA